AUGAAGUCUUGGUUACCCAUUCCUGCGCGAUCACAUUUCUCACUUCGCAACAUCCCGUUUGGUGUGAUCUCCACCAAAGAUAAUCAGUUACACCGUCCGGCUGUCGCCAUUGGGGACCAUAUUCUUGAUCUCGACGCAUUUGCUACAGGCGGUGGGUUUCAUCAUGCCUCAAGCAUCCUGCCAGAGCACCUAAAGGUGUUUUCACAACCGACCCUUAACUCUUUUGCGGAACUCGGAAGGCCAAUCCACCGUCUUGUCCGGUCAUAUUUGCAGGAGGUUUUCCAGGAGAACACACCUCAUCCAGAUGUUCUCAAGGAAAACGAGGCACUGCGGAAAGCUGCUUUGCGACCUGCAUCUGAAGUAUCUUUGCAUCUUCCACUCUCCAUCGGAGAUUAUACCGACUUCUUUGCUGGACGCAAUCAUGCGCAUAACGUCGGAACCUUGUUCAGAGGACCAGCAAAUGCGCUUAACCCUAACUAUAACCACCUCCCCGUCGCAUACCAUGGUCGUGCAAGUUCCGUUGUAGUCUCUGGGACACCGCUCCGAAGACCAUGGGGCCAAGCUUUGCCGGCACCCGGUGCAACGGAGCCGGUUUUCCGUCCAUGCGCCCGUCUUGACAUUGAACUAGAGAUGGGAAUGUUUGUUUCCCGGCCUAACAGUCUUGGGAGCCCAAUUCCCAUUAAAGAUGCCGAGGAGUACAUUUUUGGUUAUGUCUUGAUGAACGACUGGAGCGCCAGAGACAUUCAACAGUGGGAAUACGUACCGCUUGGGCCUUUCAACGCCAAGAAUUUCGGCACAACCAUUAGCCCCUGGGUUGUGCUUGCGGACGCACUGGAGCCUUUCCGAACACAAGGGCUUGAGAACGACACCCCGCUGCAGAGCUACCUUCGGGAGGAGAGGCCUGAUAAAGUUUUUGAUAUCAAGCUACAAGUUUCACUUUCUGCUUCAGGAGAUGAAGAAACAGUACUUACAAACACGUCUUCCAAGAACCUCCUGUGGUCGUGGCCACAAAUGGUAGCCCACCACUCAAUCUCUGGGUGUAACCUUCGCGCUGGAGAUCUUCUUGGAUCAGGAACAAUCUCCGGCUUCGAGCCAGGGACACAAGGCAGCCUACUAGAACAGUCACAAGGUGGAAAAGUGCCUAUCAAACUAAAUGGAGGCAAAGAACGAAAGUUCCUCGAAGAUGGUGACACAGUGAUCAUUCGAGGUUGGGCUGGCAAGCAAGACGGUGAAAUAGUAGGAUUUGGAGAGUGCUCUGGUCAGAUUCUUCCAUCUGUACCCUUGUGA